AGCCCGGCGCUCCCGGCCCCGCCGCCGCCGCACCGCGCCCCGCAGGAGAAGCGGAACCGGGCCCAGCGGCCGAAGCGGCCCGCGAGGCGCGGGAGGCAUGAAGUUGGGCGCGCACGGGCCUCGGAGCCGGGGGGAGCCGGGAGCCGCCCGCAUCUAGAGCCCGCGAGGUGCGUGCGCCAUGGAGCUCGGGGGCCCCGGGGCGCCGCGGCUGCUGCCCCCGCUGCUGCUGCUUCUGGGGACCGGCCUCCUGCGUGCCAGCAGCCAUGUGGAGACCCGGGCCCACGCUGAGGAGCGGCUCCUGAAGAAACUCUUCUCCGGUUACAACAAGUGGUCCCGACCCGUGGCCAACAUCUCGGACGUGGUCCUUGUCCGCUUCGGCUUGUCCAUUGCUCAGCUCAUUGACGUGGACGAGAAGAACCAGAUGAUGACCACGAACGUAUGGGUGAAGCAGGAGUGGCAUGACUACAAGCUGCGCUGGGACCCAGCUGACUACGAGAACGUCACCUCCAUCCGCAUCCCCUCCGAGCUCAUCUGGCGGCCGGACAUCGUCCUCUACAACAAUGCUGAUGGGGACUUCGCAGUCACCCACCUGACCAAGGCCCACCUGUUCCAUGACGGGCGGGUGCAGUGGACGCCCCCGGCCAUCUACAAGAGCUCCUGCAGCAUCGAUGUCACCUUCUUCCCCUUCGACCAGCAGAACUGCACCAUGAAAUUCGGCUCCUGGACCUACGACAAGGCCAAGAUCGACCUGGUGAAUAUGCACAGCCGCGUGGACCAGCUGGACUUCUGGGAGAGCGGCGAGUGGGUCAUCGUGGACGCCGUGGGCACCUACAACACCAGGAAGUAUGAGUGCUGUGCUGAGAUCUACCCAGACAUCACCUACGCCUUCGUCAUCCGGCGGCUGCCGCUCUUCUACACCAUCAAUCUCAUCAUUCCCUGCCUGCUCAUCUCCUGCCUCACUGUGCUGGUCUUCUACCUGCCCUCCGAGUGCGGCGAGAAGAUCACGCUGUGCAUCUCCGUGCUGCUGUCGCUCACCGUCUUCCUGCUGCUCAUCACCGAGAUCAUCCCGUCCACCUCGCUGGUCAUCCCACUCAUCGGCGAGUACCUGCUGUUCACCAUGAUCUUCGUCACCCUGUCCAUCGUCAUCACGGUCUUCGUGCUCAACGUGCACCACCGCUCGCCGCGCACGCACACCAUGCCCGCCUGGGUACGCAGAGUCUUCCUGGACAUCGUGCCGCGCCUGCUCCUCAUGAAGCGGCCGUCCGUGGUCAAGGACAAUUGCCGGCGACUCAUUGAGUCCAUGCACAAGAUGGCCAGUGCCCCGCGCUUCUGGCCCGAGCCGGAGGGGGAGCCUGCUGCCACAAGCGGCACCCAGAGCCGGCACCCGCCCUCGCCGUCCUUCUGUGUCCCCCUGGAUGUGCCGGCUGAGUCUGGGCCUGCCUGCAAGUCGCCCUCCGACCAACUCCCCGCUCUGCAGCCCCCGGAAGCUGAGAAAGCCAGUCCCCACCCCUCGCCUGGACCCUACCGCCCACCCCACAGCACCCAGGCACCAGGGCUGGCCAAAGCCAGGUCCCUCAGCGUCCAGCACAUGUCCAGCCCUGGAGAAGCGGUGGAAGGUGGUGUCCGGUGCCGGUCUCGGAGCAUCCAGUACUGCGUUCCCCGAGACAAUGCCGCCCCCGAGGCGGACGGCCAGGUUGCCGGCGCCCUGGCCUCUCGCAAGACCCACUCGGCUGAGCUCCCGCCCCCAGACCAGCCCUCUCCGCACAAAUGCACCUGCGGGAAGGAGCCCCCUUCCGUGUCCCCGAGCGCCACGCUCAAGGCCCGCGGCACCAAAGCACCGCCCCGGCACCUGCCCCUGUCGCCGGCCCUGACCCGGGCGGUGGAGGGUGUCCAGUACAUCGCGGACCACCUGAAGGCGGAAGACGCAGACUUCUCGGUGAAGGAGGACUGGAAGUACGUGGCCAUGGUCAUCGACCGCAUCUUCCUCUGGAUGUUCAUCAUCGUUUGCCUGCUGGGGACCGUGGGCCUCUUCCUGCCGCCCUGGCUGGCUGGCAUGAUCUAGGAAGGGACCAGGAGCCUGCGUGGCCUGCGGCUGCAGCACAUGGGGUCAGCGUCCAUGCGGCCGGCCUGGGGCCGGGCUGGCUCCUCCCUGGACUCUGCAGGGCCACACGUUUGCCACAUUAUCCUUCCUGUUCUGUGUCUGCUGUAAGACGGCCUUGGACAGGGACACAGCCUCUGGGGAGACUGAGUGCGGAGCUGCUUCCAGCUGGGCUGAGGCCCCAGGAGGCAGCGGCUUGGAGCAGCGGCUUCUACCUGCAGGACUCGGGUUAGGUCCAGUGCAAGAGUCUCCUGAGCUUCCCUGCAGGUGGGACUCCCUCCUCCCGGUCUCUCAGCAGACCCGGUGAUGGUCCCGACCGCCCCAAGGGGCCCUUGAAGGGACUUCAUGCUCCUUCUGCCCCAAGUGUCCCGUCUUCUGGAGGCCUGACCACCUCUCCCACCCACCGCAUCCUGCACCUGUGUGGGCCUCAGUUUCUCCCCGACGGUCCUCGGGCCUCGCUGGCCCCAUAAGCGUGAGCCAGCGGCGCUCCAAUCUCCUUCACUAGGAGUGGGUCCAGGCAGGGAUUGUGUUCGGCUGUGUUUUGGGUAAGUUAGAACUCAAGUCUUGUGCCUGAGGACCCUUGGAGAACAGAGCUUUGUGGAGCUGGUCCCGCGUGGGGAGAAUCGGGUGGCAGGCCCUCCACGGGGGACAGGAGCACCCAGCCCCAGAGAGUCCCGAGACCAGGGCUCUGCCUUCCCAGUGUGGGGCCAGGGCUCUGUGGCAGGUGGCCAGGGCUCCACGGGGGCCUAGUGGCUCUGGCCCCGGGAUUACUUCUGUGUUGUGAUUUCCCAGGGCUGGGAGGGUCCCGAAUGGAGCCCAGACCCGGGCCCUGGUUCCCCCAGGACCCUGAGGGUUUCUACCUUGGUGCACAGCCCGGGAGAUCCGCCCAGGGCUCUGGGUUUGGGAAGAAGGAUUUCCCAUCACAGUAGCCUUGGGGAGUUGGUGGGGGCAUCCCUGAGAACCUCCACCCGGGAGAUGCUGGGACCCUCGGGGCAGGAAGCUCCCGAGAAACCUCAUGGGGGUCAAGGAGCCCUGGGGUUUCCACACAGGCCUGUGCCCUCCAUCCUGGCAGGGCAAGCAGAGCUAAGCAGGGCCUCACCCCUGCAGGCGGUACCCAGAGGUGGGGGAGGCCUGAAGUGUCUCCAGGCAUGACCCUGGAGCCUGGCAGUGCACCUCCUGAAGACGGCGCACCUGGCAGGCCCCCAGGGUCCCCAGGGGCACACUUCCCCCGGGGGGUGGGCACAGGCUGCCCCACCCCUCCAUGAUUCUAAGGGCUCAGAGGGGCGGGGCCAGGACGGCGUGUCCCUUGCCUGCGAGUGACGUUGGUUCAGGAAGGCAGUCAGGAAACCUCCCACUGAGUGGUCCACAUUCUGCCACCCCCAGACCCCAUCCAGCCUGGGGCGGGGCUGGGGUCGGGCCCUGUGUCCCACUGUGUCUCAUCCGUCUGUCCCUGAGCCAAGCUCUCCUGGGCCAGGGUCUCCUCAGAAGGUGUCUGAGAGCAGAAUGAAUAAUUGAAGUUUGGAACGCAGCACGCUGAGUGCCCAGGAAAUGCCACUGUGUCCCCGCGGGCAGUGACAUGAGUGGGGAGGAGACUCAGGCUCACAUUGCCCACACCUGCCUCUGAACUGCUGCUGGUCAUCCCCACCCCCGGGUGCCUGUGACUGGGGUCCUGAGGCUGGGGCUCUUGUGCCAGGAGUGAGUGGGACGCAGAGACCCUCGUGCCAAAUCCUGGGCAUCCCCAGCCCCCCGGCCCCUCCACAUCCCCUGUGUAUUCAGGACUCCAUCUGCUGAACUCUGACCUGUCCCCACUCCGCCAUCAGCCCCUGCUGCCCCUCGGCCAGAGAACCCAGGAUCCAGGGAGACCCUGGGCGAGUGAGGUCAUCCUGGGGCCAUGGAAGCUGGCAGGAGACACUGGUCUCAGAGGAGGGAGAGAGACGCAGAUUUCAGAUAUAAGAAGCUGGAUCCACAUUGCAUAAGCAGAUCCAGCUGCCAGAUGUGUGGGCAGCUGCAGGGAGCGGCCCGGGGUGCUGGGCCCAGCUGUGGUUGUUCUUUCCUGGGUCGGGAGCGACUGCGGAGUGGCUGGGACGCUCCUGCUGGGAGACCCUCCUGCUGGGGGUGACUGCUUGCCUGGGGGAAGACCCCUUUCCCUUUCUUCUUCUUCUUUAUAUAUAUUUUUUUGAGGCUCAAAAAAAAAAAAAAAUCCAAAUAAAGCACCAUAUUCCCACCACGCCAAAUUAACCUGGACAACAAUGUUGGCGUAUUUGCGUCCACUGUUGUUUUUAUUAAUUAAGGUAAAAUUUACGUAUGGUGAGAUGCAUGCUCUUCAGCGGGGACCCCAGCCCCUAGAAGGUCCCUCCAGCCCUUCCUGUUGGUGUCCCUUCCCCAUUUGUGGCUCUGACUUAAGCACGGUGGAUUGACCUCUCUGGCUCAUGACCUUCAAGGAGUCAGAAUGCUGCAGUUGGAGCCUUUGAUGUCUGGUUUCUUGAUCAUAUGACUUAGAGCUUCAUCCGUGCUGUUGUGUGUGUCUGUAGCUCAUUGCUAUUUGUUCCUUCAUUUUUAACUGUGAGCAGUGUUCUUCUGUCUGAAUAAACUAAGACACAGUUUGUCCAUCA